GGUUAACGCGCCGGCGGUGACCGCGGGCCCCGGAUGUGAGAACCUUGCCGCGGCGUCCGUGGGCUACGCUGCAGGUGCGCCCGGGCGGGCGGAGCGAACCGGCUGGCAGGGACCUGACCGACCGGGCGAGGCACCACCCUGUCCCCUGCAGGGGUCGCUCCCCUCCCUCCGCUGGCGCCCUCUUUUCUAACUUGUGGGCAACAGGUGGUGCUUGUGGACCGAGGGAGAGCCUAGCUCCGCCCUGCUGGGAGUGGCAGUUACUCUCACCAAUUAGAGCGCGGGGGCGGGUGUGGCAUGGACGCCCUGCCUCAGGUGACCAAUGGGAUUUGGGCUCAGGGGUGAGCCGUGUGGAGUGGGCGUGGUCGAAGUCUGGAGCCACAGUUUCUAGUGCAGCAACCGCCAGAGCUGCGUGAAGAGCUAAGCCGAGCGGCGGUGGGGUGCUUCGCCCCCGCGUAGAAAAGCCUAUCAAUGCUUUCUCAUUUGGACCCAGGCUCCAAUUCGGGAGCAGUCUGGUAGCUGGAUCCCCUAGGAAGAGAAGUUCUCAAGCAGUAAGAAGAAAACAUUUCAAUUUGGGACACUUCUUUGCAGCUGGAAAUGGGGAAUGGACUGUCAGACCAGACUUCUAUCCUGUCCAGCCUGCCUUCAUUUCAGUCCUUCCACAUUGUCAUUCUGGGUUUGGACUGUGCUGGAAAGACAACUGUGUUAUACAGGUUGCAGUUCAAUGAAUUUGUGAAUACCGUACCUACCAAAGGAUUUAACACGGAAAAAAUUAAGGUAACCUUGGGAAAUUCUAAAACAGUCACUUUUCACUUCUGGGAUGUAGGUGGUCAGGAGAAAUUAAGGCCACUGUGGAAGUCCUAUACCAGAUGCACAGAUGGCAUUGUGUUUGUUGUGGACUCUGUUGAUGUUGAAAGGAUGGAAGAAGCCAAAACUGAACUUCAUAAAAUAACUAGAAUAUCAGAAAAUCAGGGAGUCCCUGUGCUUAUAGUUGCUAACAAACAAGACCUGAGGAACUCACUGUCUCUCUCAGAAAUUGAGAAAUUGUUAGCAAUGGGUGAACUGAGCUCAUCAACUCCCUGGCAUUUGCAGCCCACCUGUGCAAUCAUAGGUGAUGGACUAAAGGAAGGACUUGAGAAGCUACAUGAUAUGAUAAUUAAAAGAAGAAAAAUGUUGCGGCAACAGAAAAAGAAAAGAUGAAUGGUGAUACCUUUUCUGUCUGUGUGGUGUAGGUUUUCUCUGGUCUGAUUUUGACACAUGGAAGAAUGCAGCCUGGUUUGCCUGCCUGUCCUCCUGGAUGCUGUUAAAGCUUUGUUUUGUUGAACAAUCAGAUGUCCAACUCUAUUGCCUUGUGGAAGAUGAGAAAAUGCAGUGCUUCUUAAGAUGGUCUCUUCUCCCUACCCCACAAAUCUUUUGGUACUACCAUUUUGGGAAGCCAAGGAAGGAUAGAAAACUGACCAGAAAACAGUUGUGGAAAUUUGACCUGAAGUUAGUGAAAUAAAACUUUGAAGAGUGUCUGC